AUGAAAGUAAAAACCAAAACCAAUAUUUUUCUCGUUUCCGGGUUUGGCUUGGAAUUUUUUAUCCCUUCUUUGUCAAUUCAGUUUCAGGAAUAGAUUGAAGAAACCAUGGCCAAUCAACGGGAUUACAUUAGCAGACCUAUUUGCAAUGGAAUUUCUGUUCCUGAAAAUAAAAUCAAUUCCUUAGUGGCUGAAGGUCAUGGACAACAAAUUCUAAAAGUACUACAAAAGUUCAGAGAACAAAAUAUAUUUUUUGACUUUAAAAUUCUUGUGAAAGAUGAAAUAAUUCCUUGUCAUCGUUGUGUACUGGCAGCAUGCAGUGAUUUUUUCAGAGCCAUGUUUGAAGUUAAUAUGAAAGAACGAGAUGAUGGCAAUGUUACUAUUAGUAAUCUAUCACCCAAGGCAGUGAAAGCUUUUCUUGAUUACGCUUACACAGGAAAAACAGAGAUAACAAAUGAUAAUGUGGAAAUGCUCUUCCAACUGUCGUCAUUUCUUCAGGUUUCACUCCUUUCCAAAGCUUGCAGUGACUUUCUAAUGAAAAGUAUUGAUCUUGUGAAUUGCUUACAGUUGCUUUCUCUAUCAGAAAGUUACGGUUCUGUCCGCUUAUUUGAUCAUGCGCUAGAUUUUGUACAGCACCACUUUUCCUUGCUGCUCAGAUCAAGUGAUUUUUUGGAGAUGAAUUUUGAGAUAUUACAAAAAUGUCUUGAGGCUGACGAACUAAAUGUCCCCGAGGAAGAAUCAGUGUUGAAAGCUGUCCUUCAAUGGACCAAACAUAACUUAGAAACACGACAGAAAUAUCUGCCUAAUUUAAUUAAAAAAGUGAGACUACACCAGUUACCUGAAAAGACUUUGCAGGACUUUCUGCAUUCUGAAGAACACUUACUUAUGAGUGCUAAUUGCUCAGUAAUAAUCAAUGAUGCAGUUAAAAGUGUGCAAAACUUUAGUGGACUGUUUCCAGAUGCACGUCCUUCAACAACAGAAAAAUACAUAUUUGUUCAUAAAACUGAUGAAGAUGGAGAAAACAGACAUACGUUCUGCUACAACAUCAAAACAGAUAAAUGGAAAGAACUACCACAUACACACAUGAUUGAUCUUCCAGGGUCAAGUUUAUCUAGCUAUGGAGAAAAAAUAUUUAUAACAGGAGGAUGCAAAGGCAAUUGUUAUAGGACUGUCAGGCUUCAUAUUGCUGAACCAUUUCAUGAUGCCACUGACCAGACCUGGUGCUACUGUCCAGUCAGCAAUGAAUUCUCCAUCGUGUCAGCUAUGAAGAAACCAAGGACAAUGCACACAUCUGUUGUAACCUUAAAUCAGCUGUUUGUAAUAGGUGGGAAAACCAGAGGAGCUCAAGAAACCCGAAGUCUUUUGGAUGUAGAAUCCUAUAAUCCUCUUUCCAAAGACUGGAAAUCUGUAAGCCAAUUACCAAGAGGUAUCUACUAUCCAGAAGCAAGUGCAUGUCAGAAUAUAAUUUACGUCCUUGGCUCAGAAGUAGAGAUUACUGAUGCCUUCAAUCCAUCUCUUGACUGUUUCUUUAAGUAUAAUGCUAUGACUGAUCAGUGGUCUGAGCUUGUAGCAGAAUUUGGGCAGUUUUUCCAUGCAACUCUAAUCAAAGCUGUUCCAGUGAACUGUACACUGUACAUAUGUGAUCUCUCCACAUAUAAAGUCUACAGUUUUUGCCCAGAAACCUGUGUUUGGAAAGGGGAAGGAUCUUUCGAAUGUGCUGGCUUUAAUGCAGGGGCAGUUGGAACAGAAGACAAAAUUUAUAUAUUAGGUGGUGAUUAUGCUCCAGAAGAAAUCACAGAUGAAGUUCAAGUCUACCAUAGUAGUAGGUCUGAAUGGGAAGAAGUUUCACCGAUGCCAAGAGCCUUAACUGAGUUUUACUGUCAGGUCAUUCAGUUUAAUAAAUAUAGGGACCCCUGGUCAUCUGUACUGACAAUUUGCUCUGGAGAAUUUUGAAACUCCUGAGUCAAAAGAAUCUAUUUAAAUGCACAAAUUUUAGAACAGAUUUUUAGGUAUUAAUUUACAGACGGAAAAAUACAUACUGUUUUGUUUAAAUCUUCAGUUUAAAUUGUAUGCUAUAGAAAUGCUUUGGAAGAGUCCAUUAAACUGUCAUUCAUUCUAGUCAUUAUAGAGAAAAUAUCACUUAAUUUUAUAUGCAGGUCUUCUUUGUAAUUAUAUGAAUAAUUUGCAAAAUGAUACUAC